AUGGACAGGGGAAACCAAACUGCUGUCUCGGAAUUCCUCCUCCUGGGACUGUCCGACUGGGCGGAGCAGUGGCAGCUGCUCUUCAUACUGUUCCUCUGGAUGUACCUGCUCGGGGUCCUGGGGAGCCUGCUCAUCAUCCUGGCCAUCGGCUCUGACCCGCACCUGCACACCCCCAUGUACUUCUUCCUCACCAACCUCUCCCUGGCCGACAUCUGUCUCCUGUCCACCACAGUCCCCAAGAUGCUGGUCAACAUUCAGACCCACAACAAAUCCAUAUCCUAUGCUGGCUGCCUGGUGCAAGUGUAUUUCUUCAUUCUCUUCAUAAGUCUGGACCACUUUCUCCUCACCGGAAUGGCUUAUGACCGUUACGUGGCCAUAUGCCACCCCCUCCACUACACUACCAUCAUGAGCCCAUGGCUCUGUGCCCUGAUGGUAGCUGGGUCCUGGAUUUCCGUGGUCUCUUUGUUCUAUGGUACUGGCAUUGGGGUCUACUUCAGUCCCCAGUCCACCCACACGGCCAGGAAAGAAUCUAUAGAGUCAGUGAUGUACUCAGUGGUGACCCCCAUGCUGAACCCUUUCAUCUACAGCCUGAGGAACAAGGACAUGAAAGGGGCCCUGAGAAAAUUCAUAAGUAGGAAAUCUGGCUUCUUCCAGAGAUUGUAA